UUGUUGUCCACUAACACUCACCUCACACUCAUCUUCACUCUCCCGGACGCGUUCUACUCGAUAAUCGACCUUAUGGCUGCGACACCAGCGGAACAAGCCCUCCUCGCGCACGUCGUAGCGCAGAUGGAGUCGAAUAUCGAUUUUCUCAUGCGUCGGGCGAUUCGCGCCAAGCUCCCGAAGACAAAUGGGGCUAUUGCGAGGGCGUUAAGCAGCGGGCCGGUCCCCAUCGCGUCCACGACGUCUACGCGCUCGGUACCGCAGACGCCCACGGCGACCGUCGUAAAGGCGAAAGCAACCUGGGGAUACAACGAGGACGGUUCUGUGAAACCCAAAGAUCUGUCCUUCCUCGCGGGGGAGAUCAUCAAAAUCGUCGCCGAGACGAACGAGGACUGGUGGACGGGCAAGCACCGCGGCAAGACCGGCCUCUUCCCGUCCAACUACGUCGUGAAGAUCGCCGAGCCUGCGCUCCCCGCCCGCAACCUGCCGCCCGUGCGCGCCUACUCGGGACCCGCGCCUCCCAUCGUGCUCCACCCGCCACCUGCCCCACCUUACGAAUCCGGGCAGCUGUUUGGGGCCGCGCUUCAUGGCUCAGACCUCCCGCCCAGCGUCGGAUCUCCGCAGACCAACUCGGUAGGGCUGCAGGAGGCUCCAGGCCAAGACAAGAAGAAGAGCAAGUACGGUGCACUCGGGAACACGAUGGCUCAUUCGGCCGCAGGCGGUGCCGGGUUCGCGGUCGGAAGCGGACUC